AAUGACUUCUCUCCCUACAAGCGGAGGGAGGAACACACAGAGAGAGAGAGAGGGGUGGGACUUGCACUGCUAUUGCAGGAUUCUGCUUGUCAAUCACAGUUAUGACCACUUCCUGUGGGAGCAUGAAAACACGCGUCCUGCUCUUAUUUCAGCCCGGGAGCAGAGAGGAUGUCUCUGUAGCUCUGACAGUAAUUACAUUUUCAAGAGGCCGUUUGAAGAAAUGCCUCUAGUUGUGCUGUGUGGCUUUCCCUGCAGUGGUAAAAGCAGCAGGUCACAAGAGCUGCAGGAACACCUGGAGCAGAGUGGGAGAAAAGUUCAUAUAAUUGGAGACCAUGUUCUAGGCGUGGACAGGAAUGCUGUCUAUGCAGACUCCAAAAAAGAGAAAGAAUUAAGGGGAUCUCUGAGAGCUGCAGUGGAAAGGAAGUUAAAUAAAGAAGAGGUUGUGAUUCUGGAUUCACCCAACUAUAUUAAAGGUUACAGAUAUGAGCUCUUCUGCUUGAUUAAGCAUGUUCAGACUCCACAUUGCCUGAUUCAUUGUAUAACAGCCCCUGAGAUCAGCUCCACAUGGAACCAGAACAGAGACAAAAAUGAGCAAUAUAAUCAAGAAAUAUUUGAUGCCUUAGUGCAGCGAUUUGAAUUUCCAGAUUCCCGCAAUCGGUGGGACAGCCCACUUUUCACAGUACAUAAAGAUGAAAAGCUUCCACUUGAACAGAUCUGCAAUGCAAUUUUUCACAGGAAGGCACCACCCCCGAACCAGUCAACUCAAAUGCAACCACUGUCCUCCACAAACUUUCUGCAUGAGCUAGACAAGGUGACUCAAGAAGUUGUGACCACUGUGCUGAAUGCUCAGAAAACCAGUGUUCCAGGAGAUGUCAUCAUGGUACCUGGAGCCAGCGAAAAAGUGCAGCUACCACGAAUCCUGAGCAUGUCUGAGCUGCGGAGACUCCGCCAACAGUUCAUCAGUUACACUAAAUUGCAUCCCAAUGAGAAUAUCUCCCAACUUGCCAACAUGUUUGUACAGUAUUUAAACCAAAGUAUCCAUUGAUAAUGAGGAGUCCUCCUGUAGGCAGUAUUUCAUAUUUAUUCUUACACUGCUACAGAAAGUAAAACAGGUAUGGGAUCUCAUAUCUGAAAUUCAGUUGGGGUUUCUACAGAUGCCUUUGAACAACAGAAAAAACAAGCUGCUUGCGGUAACCUUCUUACAGCACUCUCCUUUUCUGCUUAUUUUCAUCUUUUUUUGCUUGUUUUAUAGUUGUAUUUAUUUUUUUAUGCAUGAGCUAAUGCUCAAGAGGGGAUAUACAUUUUUUCUCUUAACAAAUUACAGAUUUUAUGCUGCCAAAAGACUUUUUUUCUGUUUGGUAGUUUUUUGCUCAUACAUGCAAUAUUUAACAACUAGUUUUAUGGUAAAAUUUGGACCCAAUAAUAUGGUUGAUUUCACAUAAGUAUUUUUACCUAAUAAAAUAUACAUUUUAAUCAAUAA